AUGGCAUUGCUCCUGUGGCUGGGGUCCCAGCUGUCAUCAAUCUGGACCAACGUUUCUAUACUGGGAGUUUUUCUUACAGUGUUUACUUUACUGCUUGACUUCAUGAAGCGCAGGAAGAAGUGGAGCCAUUACCCACCGGGCCCAGCCUCGCUGCCAUUCAUCGGGACCAUGUUCUCCAUUGACUUCCACAACCCACAUCACACCUUUGGCCAGCUUCAGAAGAAGUUUGGAAACAUCUUCAGUCUCCAGAACUGCUGGACCAACGUGGUAGUGCUGAAUGGGUAUAAAACAGUGAAGGAAGCCCUGGUCCACAAAUCAGAGGACUUUGCUGACCGGCCGCAAUUUCCAAUGUAUGAACAUAUGGGCUAUGGAAAGGAUUCUGAAGGGAUUGUUGUAGCAAGAUAUGGGCACAUGUGGAAGGAGCUAAGGAGAUUCACACUCACUACGCUGAGGAACUUUGGGAUGGGAAAGAAAUCCCUGGAGGAGCGAGUGGUAGAGGAAGCUGGAUUUCUUUGUUCUGCCAUCAAGUCUGAAGAAGGUAAAUCUUUUGAUAUACAUCUUCUUAUAAAUAAUGCUGUCUGCAACAUGAUCUGCAGCAUUGUCUUUGGAGACCGUUUUGACUAUGGUGAUGAGACAUUCAAAAAACUGUCACAGUUAUUUCAAAAUUCGUUGAAUGAAGAAGCUGGAUUCCUGCCUCAGCUUCUUAACGUGGUGCCCAUUCUGUUGCGCAUCCCUGGAGUGCCACAGAGAGCCUUUCGAGCACAAAAUGAGUUAAUGGAUUUCAUAGAUGUGAUCAUAGAUAAGCAUUUGAAGACCUGGGACCCUGCUUACACCCGAGAUCUCACUGAUGUGUUUUUAAAGGAAAUGGAGAAGGGUAAGGCAGCUGAAGAGAAUGGUUUCCACUAUAAAAACCUUCGUCUGGUGGCCAUGGAUUUAUUUACAGCUGGUUCUGAAACCACCUCCACCACUCUCCGGUGGGCAUUGCUGUAUAUGCUUCUUCACCCAGAAAUACAGAGUAAGGUCCAGGCAGAGAUUGAUAAAGUGAUUGGCAGAGAGAGACACCCCACCAUGAAGGACCAAGCAAGCAUGCCUUACACUAAUGCUGUGAUCCAUGAAGUGCAACGCUGUGGGGAUAUUGUUCCAGUUGGGGUACCUCACAUGACAUACCGGGACACCGAGUUGCAAGGCUUCUUUAUACCCAAGGGGACGACAGUCAUCACCAACUUGUCUUCCGUGCUGAAGGAUGAGACAGUCUGGAAGAAACCAAAGGAGUUUCACCCCGAACACUUCCUGGAUGCAAAGGGGCAGUUUGUGAAACCAGAGGCCUUCCUGCCCUUCUCAGCAGGUCGCCGUGCCUGUCCGGGAGAACAGCUGGCCAGGAUGGAGCUCUUUCUCUUCUUUACCACUCUCCUGCAGAAAUUCACUUUUGUGCUCCCUGAGGACCAGCCCAGGCCACGGGAGGACGGUCACUUUGCACUCACCAACUCUCCACACCCAUACCUGUUGCGAGCUCUCCCAAGAUAA